AUGAUUAUCCGCUGGACUGUCCCACAGCCCCACUGGACUGUACCGCUCUGUCCUGUACUGUACCGUAGUGGAAUCAUGGACUCCGUAAACUGCAGGCCGGAGCGCACCGGCACAUGCUCUCGCAGUCGCACACACGGUUGCGCCGCGGUGGUCAAAUCGCAUCGGCAUUGGCCGUGCCGGUCGUCAACUCAGCGUGGAUGGAAUCGGGGUAUAUCGAGGUCGCCUUGGGCUGCUGUGUUGCCAAGAGACGCGUCGCCUGAUCGAGCGAGCGAGCGAGCGAGGGAACGAAAUGGGGAGGCCGACCCGCCUCGCCGAGGGGAGCCCGGGGCCGGGCCGGGCCGGGCCGGGGGACGGGGAGGGGCGGGGAGGGGCAGGCUAGGCUGGCCGCGUGCACGGGAGAGAGGAGCGCGUGAGCACCGGAGCGGAGGAGACUGCGGAGUGCGUUUUGCCGGAGGAGGAUUAUUUGAAUGCGGCGCAGUGACGAGCGACGGGUCGGAGCGCUGCCAGUGUGGGGAGGAAGGUAGUCAGAGGGGAGGGGAGAUAGAGAACGUAGCAGCAGAGCGAGGUCGAGGUCGGAGGUGGGGGGAGAGGGAGGGAGGGAGGGAGGGAGCAGCAGGGGCAGAGGAGGAGGAUGUGGGGCGUGGGGGCGGAGAUGGUGGAACUCGAGCAGGCGCUGCGGCGGAGGGGGAGAUAGGAAUAGAAGGCAGUGCGGGGGGAGAUCGAGAGGGGGAGGAAAAACGAGAACGAGAAAGUAAACGAGGAACGAGUGACGAGUGA